AUGCGCGUUGGCGCUCCGUCGGCUGCGCCCUGGCGUCUCUGCCUGGCACCCGACGAUGGUCACCAGGCUCCCGUGCGGUCUGCAUCUCUUCCCGUCGCGCCGCCUGCCCUUCUCGUUGCGGCGUCUGAUGCGUCUGCUCCGUCUGGCGCUCCUCGAGUUGCCGACCCCGUCGCUCCGUCUGCGGCCGCCGAACAGGCGGUUGUUGCUGGCGGCGUGACGGCCCUGCCGGAGGGGUCCGCUACCACUGACGUCCAGGGCCAGCCGUCGCUUCCCGGCGCUCCGGCUCCCCUGUCUGCACCGCCUCCGGCGCUAGCGCCUCCUCCACCUGUGCUUGCUGGAUCUGCUCCUGCUCUGGCCGCGGCUGUACCUCCCGCGCCACCUGUGGUUGCGCCCCCUGCACCGUCUGCGGGUGCUCCUCCUGCGCCGCCUGGAGUUGCUCCUGUUGCCCCUCCUGAUGCCGCACUGUCGGCUCCGCAUGCGGCGGGUCCGUCUGCGCCACCUGCGGCUGUUCCCGUCGCACCCCUUGUGGCGAAUCCCUCUGCACCAUCCGCUCCGCGUCCGCCGUCUCCUGGCCGUCGUCAGCAGCGGCCCCAAUCCCCCGCGCGUCGAGACGAGCGCGCGACAUCCCGGCGCCGCCACAAUUCCCCGCGGCGCCGCGGUUCUCAGGCGAACUGGGCGGCGCAACGCGGUGGCCGGGGCGGCUGGUGGGGGCCGCGUCAGCCAGGUGGCGGCUGGGGGUAUGAUCAGCCGGUGACGAUGGCUGACCUGCAGCGCGCGGUAACUGUGGCUGUGCGCGAGGAGCGGAACGGGCAGGCGAGCCAGAGCAACUCCCCGCGUGUUGCUCAGACACCAGUGGCGCCUCCCCCGGCUGCGCCUCUCGCCCAGGCUGCCCCUCGUCCUCCUGCGGUUGCUCCUCCUCCUCUUGUUCCCUCUGCUUCGACCCCGCAGGCGGGGAAUCAGCGCCGGGCCCCGUGGGUCCCCCCUGUGGCGGGGGUCGAGUUUUUGACUGCUGCUGGUGGGCCCGUGACUGCACAGUAUCCGUCCCUGCUGCCUGUUGAUCCCCCUCCCCCGUCUGCAGGUGCGGCGCACUCGUUCUCGGCCUUGCUGGGACCUCAGCGUCCGGUUGCGGUGCCGGAGGUGACCCUUGGUCAGAUCUGGCGCCUCUCGGAGGCGCUGCGGGUCGUGCAUCUGGUGCAGAUGUAUGGUCAUGCCGCCCUGUCCCAGGGCGACUCACUGGUGGGCGGCCCUCGGGACGAUUGCUUCGCGGCUGCUGAUCGCCUCGCCGAGCUGCUAGCGCCCGUGUUGGCUGCGCCCGCGCCGGGUGGGCUUGCGGGGGUCGGGCCCCUUGGUUCGGCCGUACGUGGGCUGCGGCGGUUGUUGCAUGCAGGGACUGGAUCCGGGGCGAUCGCCGCAGGCACGGUGUUGGUGCGUGAGCUGCAUCGCACACUGUCGCCGUCGCUUCCCGGCGCUCCGGCUCCCCUGUCUGCACCGCCUCCGGCGCUAGCGCCUCCUCCACCUGUGCUUGCUGGAUCUGCUCCUGCUCUGGCCGCGGCUGUACCUCCCGCGCCACCUGUGGUUGCGCCCCCUGCACCGUCUGCGGGUGCUCCUCCUGCGCCGCCUGGAGUUGCUCCUGUUGCCCCUCCUGAUGCCGCACUGUCGGCUCCGCAUGCGGCGGGUCCGUCUGCGCCACCUGCGGCUGUUCCCGUCGCACCCCUUGUGGCGAAUCCCUCUGCACCAUCCGCUCCGCGUCCGCCGUCUCCUGGCCGUCGUCAGCAGCGGCCCCAAUCCCCCGCGCGUCGAGACGAGCGCGCGACAUCCCGGUGCAGACACAAUUCCCCGCAGCGCCGCGGUUCUCAGGCGAACUGGGCGGCGCAACGCGGUGGCCGGGGCGGCUGGUGGGGGCCGCGUCAGCCAGGUGGCGGCUGGGGGUAUGAUCAGCCGGUGACGAUGGCUGACCUGCAGCGCGCGGUAACUGUGGCUGUGCGCGAGGAGCGGAACGGGCAGGCGAGCCAGAGCAACUCCCCGCGUGUUGCUCAGACACCAGUGGCGCCUCCCCCGGCUGCGCCUCUCGCCCAGGCUGCCCCUCGUCCUCCUGCGGUUGCUCCUCCUCCUCUUGUUCCCUCUGCUUCGACCCCGCAGGCGGGGAAUCAGCGCCGGGCCCCGUGGGUCCCCCCUGUGGCGGGGGUCGAGUUUUUGACUGCUGCUGUGUAG